UGCGAAGGCUAGUGAAAACGGGGAUAGGAAAUUUUUGGGACGAUGUGGGAGUGAAUAAAAUUUUGCUAACAAGGCGUCGUUGUUGAUUUUUCAUCGUGUUUAAAGCUCGACAUUUCUCAAUCAACAAGUUUUAGUUUACCUGAAUCAUAUGAAGUCGGAGUGCAAAGAACAAGAUGGGCGCGUCAAAACGGAAAGUCAAAGUCUUUGUAAAAGCGGUAGCGGAGCUAUCUCCUUUAGAUACGAUCUCAUGAUCUAAAACAAGGUCUUGGUCCUUAAUAGCAUGGCGUGUGAUCAAUGGGGCGCAAAGAAGUCCCACGCAUACCGCCGAUAACACAAGGGAAGGACUGAAUGAACUCGAGGAGGUAAAAAAAGCCUUGACGAGGACUGGAAGUCGAGAGUAAGUAAAU